UUAAAGCAAUCUGGUUGGAGUUUGCUACCCAGAAAUUAACUAUAUUAUAGAAUCGUUUUGUUUUGAACAGCAAAAUGUUUUCAUUUUGUAAUUAUCGAAUUGUAUUCUCAUUCGUACUAAUUUCAGUUUCGUGUUGUGCCGAGCUAAAAGAGCCAAAUAAAGCCGAAAAACCGUCUAUUGAUUAUCUGACGUUGGACUAUUUGAGUGUGGAGCAGAGCUUAUGGUCACGAUUAAGUCAUGCAGGUGACAAAAAUGAUCAUUAUUCUCUACUACAGAGUGAACACCUUCCAUUUUUUGCCAACGAUUUUGGAGUAAGUCAAAACACCCAACAGUUCGUUCCAUCGGGAUAUCUUGCAAAUAAUUUAUCCUUGGUCAAUGGUUUAUUUUACAAUAUGAGCGUCAUAUUGAAAUCAAAUUCAACCGAUGCAAUAAACAUAUAUCAUGUUCAUGAGAUUUUGGAUCACUCCAUCGAGUACGGAAAAAAUGUUUUCCAGGAGGCGAUUCGUGCGGAAUUUUGGAAUAAAGGAAAAGAUUACGUUCAACAUUGCCGUGAAACCGAAUCGAAAGCGAUAAUAGUGGAAUCUGAAUUCCAGUUGAUUUAUAACUAUUACAAGGACGUCCGUGCUGCUCUUCUAAAAACAUAUAUGUUGACCCAAUUAUCGCACAUGCUAAUAAAUAUCAACAACAAAGGAAGUAAUGUUGUUUCAUCACAGCGGCCGUAUUAUGUGAAGGAUGAAUUAGAUCUUCGUGUUGAUUUGAUCAGACGGAACGUCAAGAAUUUAUUGAAAAUUGCAAAACGAGACUCAUGGGUUUGCGAUCGUUUCCCCUAUGUGCAUGUUGACGAGUACAUACAAGUGACCAAAUUCCUUCAAGGUUAUGUAGAUAAUGAAUUGAAUUUCAAUCAAGAGGAUACAUGCAAAAAUACAUGCGAAGAUUUUACAAAUACGAACCACGUUCGAUGUGCUGACAAAACAUUGUGCGCACAAAAUCGAAACACCGAUUUGGUUGUGUGCAAUGGCCAAAUCCGUGAUUGUCAAGAAAUUCCAAGUGAAGACGUUGAAGUUUGUUAUGGUAACGAUACGUUCCAACGAUACCAUUACUUGAAGUAUAGCGAUGGAAAAAUGCACGGAUCCAAACCAAGAACUGGAUGUUCUCAGAUUAAUCAUGCGAACUCUUGGCGACGAUGGUUUGUGAAGUGUAGCUCAUGUUAUUGUCUGUGCGAUGAUCCGAACAAUUCAGAACGACACUUCAGCUUACAUCCAGUUGUAUCCGAUGUUGAAAAUAAUAAAGUCAUUACUGGAGUUCGUCUUAUCAAAAAGAAUGGUGUCAUUCAAUUUUCCAUAUCGGAGCGUACUCUUCGGGCGUUCGGCCAAACUGAUGAGUCGGACAACACAUGGAAAGAGGCGGAAUAUCAAUUCGCAACAAGCGACCCGGAUGCAUUGGAUGGCGUCGACUAUUUCACUUUAACCUAUGAAAAUCGUUCGAUUAACUUAGAUGAUCUGGUUCUACCGCAAGGAAGAGUUGUCACAGGAGUUCGAUUCUUUAAUUUAAAUGGUCAUUUAAUAUUACAAAUAAGAUCUACAAGUUUCGAUUAUUUUACCGGUCGUUUGUUAAAUGUUUCACACAAUCCUUGGGUAAUGAAUGAAAACGGUGGCCAAACGGAAAUUGAAAUUGUCACAAAAGAAAAUCCACUUGCAAAUAUUGUUGCAAGUUUAUACAUUCCCGACACUACUCCAAAUGCAUUUGUUCAAUUUGGACCGAGUGAUAUUCGAUCGGAUGUCGGACAAUCAACUCUGCCACUAAUUGAUACAUCAAAACUUGAAUCACGAAAUCCCGUCGUACUCAGUGGAAUUGGUUUAAUUUAUAAGCGAAACGAUGACUCAGGUGGUUUUAUUGGCGUAAAAACAAUUACAUACGAUUUUGCUAUAGCUGAUAUAACCAUUGACGAAGAAUACGAUUACAUUGAUUGAACAGAAAAUUGAAUAAUUAUUUACUCAAACUGUAAUCAAUAUUAAAUAUCAAAGAACUCGAAAUAAAUCAAUUUUAUUUUCAACA